UUUCCCGUAGAGCGGUAUGUCGGUUAAAAUUCUCCUUUUCGUAGGACUCUUCGGUCUAGUUUGGGGUGCAGACCAAGUCCGAUAUGAUAAUUACAAAGUCUACAAUGUGAGGAUCGAUGAUCUGGAACAGUUUAAGCUGCUCAACUCUCAGGAGAAGUCUUUAAAGCUCAGCAGUUGGCGAGAGGCUCGUCACUUGGGUGAAGCCUCGGACAUAAUGCUACCUCCUCAAUAUCAGGAGACCUUCGAAAACCUCUUAGCCACACACAAUUUCACCUACAACCUCAAGAUCGAUAAUGUCCAGACUCACAUCGAUAACCAGAGACCCAAACAGCGAAUCACUUCCAUGGAGUGGACGCAGUUUCACACUCUUGACGAGAUCUACGCCUGGCUGGAUGUGAUCGAGGAUCGUUAUCCGGAUAUAGUCACACCCUUCUCUAUAGGAAACUCCCACGAGGGCAGACCGAUUAGAGGUGUUAAAAUUUCCUACAAAGAGGGAAAUCCCGUGGUUUUCAUAGAGUCCAAUAUUCAUGCCCGCGAAUGGAUUACCUCAUCAACGAUCACCUACUUCAUCGAUGAACUCCUAGUCCCCAGAAACCCGGCCGUUAGAGAUAUUGCUCAGAAUGUCGAUUGGUACAUUAUUCCCGUUCUGAACGUAGACGGGUUUACUUAUUCGCACGAAGUGGAACGACUGUGGCGAAAGUCCCGUCUGAACUCGGAUCCCACGGGCGAGUGCGUUGGAACCGAUUUAAAUCGCAACUUUGAUUACCUAUGGAUGUUGACUGGAGCCGAUUCGGAUCCUUGUUCAGAACUUUAUGGUGGACCUUCGGCAGAAUCCGAUGUCGAGAUCAGUCAGCUAACCUCCUAUAUAAACAACUCCAUUCCUGAUGGCAGCAUUAAGAUCUACAUAUCGCUGCAUUCCUAUGGCCAGUACGUUCUUUCGCCCUGGGGACAUACCGCCCUCGAGUUCCCUGAACACUAUCCCCAAAUGAUGCACGUAGCGAAGGGCUUUUCGGAUGCUCUACUUAGGAGAUACGGCACUGUGUUUACCUAUGGAUCCAGUGCAACAACAUUAUAUGAAGUCUCUGGCUCGGGCAAGGAAUGGGCCUAUGCGGUGAAGGGUAUCAAAAUACCCUAUACCAUCGAGCUGCGGGACAAGGGCGCUCUAGGUUUCUUACUUCCUCCUGAGGACAUUUUACCAGUGGCCCGCGAGGUUACCGAGGGAUUUGUGGGCAUGAUAGCCGCUGCCAGGGAAAUUGAUAUUUUGUAG